CGCUUCCUCUCUUCAUCCCGACCUGGAAGCUGCUUCACUAGCGCGGGACGCCGCUGACGCCCUCGAAUCGGCUUUCGCCGCGCCGCCCAGGAGCCUGCCGGCGGCGGCGUCGGUGACAAGUAGCCCACAGGCAAGUUUUGCAGAGGUAAUUGAGAGUUGGAGGCAAUCUUGCUGAAGAUGAAGAAUAUACCAUAUUAGCAGAGGAGAAAGAGGAGGAAAUUUUUUUUCCCUUCAGAAAUCUUGAUUGGUGGCUUGCCUUUAGUUACCACUUUUCAGCUGAGUCUGUUUGCUUCAGGAGAAAUGAUUUUUGCAAUCUCUAGAAAAAAUAUGUCCCAGAAAUUGAGUUUACUUUUGCUUGUAUUUGGAUUCAUUUGGGGAUUGAUGUUACUUCACUAUACUUUUCAACAACCAAGACAUCAAAGCAGUGUCAAGUUACGUGAACAAAUACUAGAUUUAAGCAAAAGAUACGUUAAAGCUCUAGCAGAGGAAAAUAAGAACACAAUGGAUGUUGAGAAUGGCGCUUCGAUGGCAGGAUAUGCGGAUCUAAAAAGAACAAUUGCUGUCCUUUUGGAUGACAUUUUACAGCGGUUGGUGAAACUAGAGAACAAAGUUGACUAUAUUGUUGUGAACGGCUCAGCAACCAACACUACCAAUGGUACUAGUGGGAAUCUGGUGCCACUAACCACGAACAAAAGGAUUAAUGCAUCCGGCAACAUUAGAUAGCAGUCAAAGAUCACCUUGUGCUGCUGCAUCCCCAUGAGUUAGAUCCAAGGACAGAAAAGCUUUUAAACCGCUGGCUAGGAUAGAGGAAUACUUCGCAAAUACUCUGCAUUUCCAAGGAAUAUGCUGGAAUCAUGGAACUCUUAUUCUGUAUAUAAAUUUUUAAAAGUUAUUAGUUUGCUUUUAGGCAAGUCUCUUCAAUGCUGAACUAUAUCCUUAAAGGGAAUUUGGUAACAUGGUUGAUAUGGUAUGCAGAUAGGCGAUCUUUAUGUAAACUUUUUGUGUUUGAGAUCAAGCUGAAACACUGAAAGACAUGGCUUCAUUUCUAGAAAAUAUUUAUUUAAAUAUAUAACAUGUUUUUCAGACAAGUGAAGAAUAUUGUUAUUGAAUCAUUCUGUCAUUUGUUCUCAAUAUGUAUAAUCUUAGACUGAUAACGUUAAGAAGUGUGCUUAUUUCCAGUACUAUAUUUUGUUACUCAGAUUAUGAGCAGAGCAAGGAAGUAUAAUGUUGAAAAGAAUGUUUUGAAAUCAUGACCCAAAGAAUGUCCUCAUUUGCACUAUCCUUCAGAAUAACUGGAGGUUGAUUAUUGUAUAUUUUUAAAAAUUACAUUUGUAUGAGAAUAAUCUUGAAAUGGGUAGUAGCCACUGUCUGUAACCUAUUCUUAACAUUGGGACAAUUAAAGAACAUUAAGAUAGUAAUUUCAAAUCUCAUAUGUAACAUUUUCUUACAUGUAUUCUGAAGAAACAAAUGAUAUUUUUAUGAUGAGAUAAAAAUAAGUAUUAAAAGUUUAGCCCGUUGAGUGUCUAUGCUGUCAGGGAAGCACAUUAUUUCCAUAUUUGGAUAAUUUUGCCUUUAUGUUGGCAGGGGAAGGGAGACGGAGAUAUUCGUGAGACUGGGGCUCUGAAGGACUUUAGCCAGAUGCAUAGAUGUAUAAAGGUAUUUGUGCUACAUUAAAUUGCUUGGAAAAUGUUAACAUUAUAUAAGAGUAUCCUGCUUUAAGAAAUUUUGGAUUUGUAUAAUAGAUACAUUAGAUGUUCAUUUUAUGUAAUGACCACUUAAAAUAAUUAAAAACAUUUAAGAUAUAAUUUAAAUUAAGAAGAUUGACUCUUCUUUCAGGAAAACAGUUAAUGUAUAUAGCACAGAAGAUCCUAAUCUUGGGUAAUUCUAGCAUAGAGCAAAGGACACCUUUAUUUAAAUGUCCCUUGUAGCAGAUUUAAUUCCCAUAUGGUGCCCUAUAUUUCAUAGUAUUUAUUCUCUAUAAUAACUGCCAAGUGCAGCUAGAUUCUAGAUUUACACUAUAUUGAAUUUAGUUUUGGAUAUUAUUCGUUAUUACAAUAUGCUACCACACAUAGUAGCAAUAAUUAAAAUGUUUUAUUAAAAUAAGUAUGAAAAAAAUUUCAUGAAAGGGAGCUUUUCAAACAUUCUCUGUACUCUAUGGAAGAAAUGAAUUAUAUAGCAUUGCCAAGUGAAGUUUGGAAUAAUUGUUCUGUCUUUCUUAUUAGAUGUGGACAUUUUUGUUUUUUUGUUGUUUUCAGGGAUGAAAUAAAAUAUAUUAUUUGUA